CCCCCCGCCCUGCCGCCGCCGCCAGUGCGGGGGGCGGCUGCACACGGGCGCGCGCCGGCCCCCCCACCCUCAGCACCCCCCACCCCCCCCCCCCCGCUGCCGGCAGACAGGUUUAAGCUGCCUUAAAGGAGAAUUAAAAAUUGUGACUCCAAAGAACAAAAUAACACAGAAGAAAGAAAACAGCACUCAGAAAAAACCCAGAAAGGGGUAGCAGGUUGUUUGGCGCACAUGGGCACACAAGAUUAUGACUAGGGAAGACAAUGAAGAGUGGGACAUCCAUCAAAGAGUAACAACCUCUUAUAAGGUGACUAGUAUGACCUCAUGACGCUUCUGUAAAAGCCAGAUUCAGCUAGGAUGUUACACCAUCACUGUCGGAGAAACCCUGAACUACAGGAAGAGUUGCAGAUUCAGGCUGCAGUUGCUGCUGGCGAUGUUCACACCGUGCGCAAGAUGCUGGAGCAAGGAUAUUCUCCAAAUGGUCGAGAUGCCAAUGGCUGGACCUUGCUUCAUUUCUCUGCAGCAAGAGGGAAAGAGAGAUGUGUCCGUGUUUUUCUUGAACAUGGAGCUGAUCCCACAGUUAAGGACUUAAUUGGAGGCUUCACUGCUCUGCAUUAUGCAGCCAUGCAUGGCCGAGCGAGGAUUGCACGCUUGAUGUUGGAGUCUGAAUAUAGAAGUGACAUUAUUAAUGCAAAAAGCAACGAUGGUUGGACUCCCCUCCAUGUAGCAGCCCACUAUGGCAGAGACUCAUUUGUCAGACUCCUGUUGGAGUUCAAGGCUGAGGUUGAUCCGCUCAGUGAUAAAGGUACUACACCGCUUCAGCUGGCCAUUAUCCGAGAGAGGUCAAGCUGUGUGAAAAUCCUUCUGGAUCACAAUGCCAACAUCGACAUUCAAAAUGGUUUCCUGUUACGAUACGCUGUGAUCAAAAGCAAUCACUCUUACUGCCGAAUGUUCCUUCAGAGAGGGGCGGAUACAAACUUGGGUCGAUUGGAAGAUGGACAGACACCCUUACACUUGUCUGCUCUUAGAGAUGAUGUGCUUUGUGCACAAAUGUUGUAUAAUUACGGAGCAGACACUAACACAAGGAACUAUGAAGGACAGACCCCACUGGCUGUUUCAAUAAGUAUUUCUGGAAGUAGCCGACCCUGUCUGGAUUUCUUACAAGAAGUGACAAGACAGCCCAGAAACUUGCAAGAUCUAUGCCGAAUUAAAAUCCGUCAGUGUAUAGGCCUUCAAAACCUAAAACUACUUGAUGAACUACCCAUUGCCAAGGUCAUGAAAGACUACUUAAAACACAAAUUUGAUGAUAUCUGAUAUCCAUGAAGAGAAGAACUUUGAGCAAGAUUAGUUAUAUUCCAGAUACUGAAGAGGCUUGUUGCCUUGCACAAAGUAUAUCCUAUGCAAAUUCUGAUUUUUUCUGUGAAGUCAGAAGGCAGAUAUACACUUCCUUGGGUUUUUUAUACCACACGCUAGAAGGUCUUAAUUUUUGGUUUCUUGGUCCAAGUUUACAAGGUCCAAGCUUUCUAUACAAUAUUACAUUUUAAAAAUUGCUGUUGGUUUUUUGUUUGUUUGUUUUCACAUUAAGUGUGCAGACUUGCAGUGGAGAUGGAAGGUAGCCUCUCAAGGGAAGCGGUUGGUUUGAAUUGGCAUGCUGAGCAAUUAUUCAAGAAAAUAAAGUUUGGAAAUCAAGGCACCAGUCCUGCAAAAGGAUACCAAUAGAAAGACCUUCAGAGUCCUGUUGUCUGUUGGGACUCUUGUCUCUGCCAGGGCGUAUGUUUUUGCAGGAUAGAGGGAAGAGUUGAUAAUCAACAUGUCUUAGGGUACUGUAUGAAUAUAAUUUGGAAAUUAAAGAAAAAAUGCAGUUACCCUAUUCAAUUUGAGGGUCUAUACAUUGGCUCUUUUUAUAUUAUUCUUUUCCUAAUUACUGUAGUUGGGAUGCCCAUAAAAUUCAGGCCCUCUUCUUUCCUGACAUUCCCUGUUAAAUGGGCGGCUGUUUGUAAGUCUAUUUUUAACAGUGACAGUACACUACAAAGAGGCAUAGCCUCUGUAUUUUUUACAUUAACUUAAGAGUAAACAAAUUUAGAUUUUUUUUUUUAAGCCAAUGUAUUCUGUUUCUCAUACAGUGCCUCCUGUGCAAUAAUCUUUCUGAUGUAUUUUCCCUUUAUGUGUGAUUCCCCCCCACACUAUUCCUCAUUUAGUCUCAGUGCAUUAUUUGUGAGAAUAGGAACUGCUGCCUUGCUGUGGUGUUGACGUGACAUUACGAAAGUAAUGCGGCAGUUGCUAUUCAUUAUUACUCCCUGAAUUUCAUGAAUGUAUAACCUGCUUUAUUUCACUUUCAGUUGAAAUUUUAUCUACGGGUUCUCAGCCAAAUUGUGUCCACUUUAAAAAAAAAAAAAAAAAAAGAAAUUGGCCAAACCCUUUUGUUUUAAAAGCAGUGAUGGAUUUUUUUUUUUUGAUUGCUCUAAAAUUCAGUUUGUUUCAGGUUAGAGAGUGGGAAGUGCACAUAAGUUAUCAAGACACAUUUUAUAUGUGCUCAAACAAGAAUAGCCCCAUUCAUAUUGAAAGUUUAAAUUUUGCAAUUAAUCUGAAAGGAGCAACUGAAAGGAAUACUGAAAUUCGGCUACUGAAUGUGUUUUUCAUACUAGGUGUUAAAAAGAUCUGUUAAAGAGUUUUGUUUCUGAUCAUAAAAAAAAAAGAGUUCUUGCUAUCAAAAAAAGAUUGGGCCAAAAUGUGCAGUUGUUUCACUCUCUUUAUUUUCAAGGGAUUAUGGAGUCAUCAUAAGGUUCUUGCCAGUGUCCUCUACUUUUUCUUUUGCCAUCCUACUGGCUCUGGAAGAGCCUCUCUAAUAUCAGGAGUACUUUUGUACCAAUUAUACCAAUGGAAGUGGGGAGAUGAAAGGAACAGUGGUGGCUUUUAACACUGUCACUUUCAAAAUAUUUAACAUUAAAAAUAUGAAAAGCAAGGUGAAGCAGGUAUAGUCAUAUUAUUUAACUGUGCUAGUUCCUUUUAAUGUCUUAUAACCCUGGACUGCAAUUCCUUGAGCACGAACCUUAUCGCUGCUAAUGGAUGCACCAGAACUACAGCAAGCAAGGAGGAUUAUCUCUCCCUCUUGUGCCUGGCAUUGCAUCAGGUUUCCAAACAAUAAGUGAUUUUGGAGAUUCAUGGCUCAGAGGAUUGGUAAUGGGAUGUUGAACCUUUUUAUCUCCAACAUGUAUUGGUUCAAGUCCAGCCUGCUUGAGCAGUGACCAAAAGUUCAUGUCUCAGCAGUGUGAGCGAGCAAGUGUGUCCGACCUUAACACCAUGCAGCGGUCACCUCGAGGCAGUAGAGCUUUAUAGUGCUUCCUCCAGGUUGUAUGUAGUGGUGCUGGCAUUGUAGCAGGGACAACCUGAGGGGUGGGGGGGGGGGGGGCUGAGCUUGUGUGCGUGAUGGUGUCUGUUGGCUCCCAUUGAAGCGAGAAAGAUCAGCUGUUACAAUCUUUAAGCUCUCCAGUAGUCAGACAGGACAGAUGUUAAGAAUUGACUGGCAGGUUUUAAGCAUGAAUCUUCAGUUUUGUGACAUGAGAUCAGAACCUUAACAUUGCUUUCUUUUUUAAAAAAAAUAUUUAGUAUUGUUCACUACAUUUGUAAGUUGGUCUAAACCAAUGUCCUUCCCCACUGAAUUUUUACAGUAAUAUUUUCUAAGGUAAUCUAGAAUAUAUUUUAGUUGCAAUCUAUAUUAAGGCAAAUUAUUUGUUCCGUCUGUUGCUGUGACUGAAGAAAAUUAUGGAAGAUUUUGUUGGUAACAAGAAUGCUAUUUAAUGAAGAAAUGUGUAAUUCCAUUAUUUAUUCUUUGAGGUUUGUUUUUUGGUUAUUUCUUUUAAGUACCUGACAUCUAAAGGGAACACACAUACAGUUCAGGCCAGUAGAAAAGCCUUUCUUUUAAAUUAAUUUUCAUCCUAUCCUCUCUCCCCUCCCCAAGGUGGAGGGAAGCCCUUGCCCUUUCUUACAAUUCUAAGCCAUUGCUCGUAGCUGGUUUCUCUGACCUUGAUUCUGCAAAGCGCCGCAGCACAUGUGUGUUUCAACCUACUAAUAGUCCCAUUCACUAUCUUAAGUUAUACAUGUGCUCGACUGCGAGUGAAGUAUGAUCAUUCAUUGAUAAUCCUAUCCAAAUUUCAAUAAUGGGGAAUUUGGUCUUUUUUAUUAUUUUAAAUAUUGUGCACAAAUACUUUGAAGAACAAACCGAACUUUGUUUUUCAUUCGGACUAGAAUGUGGAAGGAGAAGUGCAUAAUAUAGACUUGUUAUGUAGCCUAGUUCCAUUACCUUAAAAUUCACAGCUGAACACUUUUUUUAAUAAACCUUAAAAAAAUUGGCAAAUACACCAAAGAAUCAACAUGAGUAAAAGACUCUGAUCGUUAACAAACUGCAAACCUCAUCCUUUAAAACAAAGCAGAAAGUUUUUGUAAAUAUUUAUGUUUAUAAAUGUACAGCAGAGUAAGAGUGUUUUUUAGAUUAUUUAAUUACCAUAUUUCUAAACUAUUUACAUUAUAGACAAUACUUGUUAGUUUGAAAAGCUCUUGAGUGGUUUUUUUGUUUUGUUUUGGUUUGGUUUUUUUUAAAUUCAUUGUCACUCAUACUUGGAAUAACUCUGGCUUCCUCGGGAUAGCGUGGAAAAUUCAGUUUUCUGGCUGUAGUUGGCAACCGUAAGAGAACACAUCUGGACAAAUUCAUCAGAUAAAUACCCAGAGGCAAAAGAGGGUAUGUAGCAUGUUUACCAGGGUGGACCUGGGCUAGAUGAAAAAAAUUGGAUCCUAACUUUCUCAGUUAAAUCUGUUGAGAGUCACCAAUGACAUGGCAACCUGCCCACAAGUCUAGCUUCCAUGCAACACUGUUACCAAUAUCAUAAUGUAUUUUGUUCUUCCUUUGCGAUGUAAGGUUUUGCCUUGGUUCAACUCAAAUUUAAAAGAAAAAAAGUUAAACCUGGUUCAACCCUU